CUUGCCAAUCAGAGUGCGCAUUCUCCGUAGCACUACGCGCGGAAUUUUAAAUACGCUAUUGUGUUAUCUAUCAUAUAUUUUUGUGGGCGAGAGAGUUUGUGAUAUUUUUGCGGAAAAGUGCGGUAUGAUAACUGGUGUGGUCUGGUUAAAACCGUUAUUUGGUGUGCAAAGCAUUGAAAUAAUGUUGAGUGUUUAAAUAAAUGUGUUUUUUUUUAUAUAUUUAACAGUUAAUGUGUAUUGUUAACGAAUCGUUGAACUGAACGUUCAAACAAAGUUAUUUGAAUGGUUAUGUGUGCGUAUCGUUAGAUAAGCAGCAGCACUGGUAGGGUCGUGGAUCCAACAGUGUGGAAUGGUUCCAGUGUGUUACCGGUUUAUUGAUUUGCGCGGUUGAGGCGAGUUCAGCACCAUGGGGAAGCUGCUGUCGAAGAUCUUUGGCAACAAGGAGAUGAGGAUACUCAUGCUGGGCCUCGACGCAGCUGGGAAGACUACUAUUUUAUAUAAAUUAAAAUUAGGGCAGUCAGUCACAACGAUACCUACGGUGGGCUUCAACGUAGAAACUGUUACGUAUAAGAAUGUCAAAUUCAAUGUUUGGGACGUCGGGGGGCAGGACAAAAUACGACCGCUUUGGAGGCAUUAUUAUACAGGCACUCAAGGUCUGAUAUUCGUUGUCGACUGCGCGGACCGGGACCGCAUCGACGAAGCGCGUCAGGAGCUUCACCGGAUCAUUAACGACAGAGAGAUGCGCGACGCCAUCAUACUCAUUUUCGCCAACAAGCAGGACUUGCCAGACGCGAUGAAACCGCACGAGAUUCAAGAGAAGUUGGGUCUGACUCGCAUCCGCGACCGCAACUGGUACGUGCAGCCUUCGUGCGCGACCUCCGGCGAUGGCCUCUACGAGGGCCUCACGUGGCUCACCAGCAACCACAAGUUAUGAGCUGCGGAGUAGGCGGCGCAAACACCACUGCCGCCUGCACACGCCACGGUGAGGAUUUCGAUGCCAUUUAAUUUAAGUAAGGUGCGCCCGUGCCGUCGGAUCUAGUAAUUCAUAUGUGAACCAGUGUCUCGUUGUUGACAGAUAUCUCGAACACAGUGAUGGUGUAACUAACUGUCUAGUGUCGGAUCAACAACUAAAUUACUAGCUAGCUAACUAAACAAAGUGAACAAGCCAAUUGUCACAUAACAAAGAAAUCAAUUAUUCCAUUAUUUAAUUAAAAAUUAGAGGUUUGUUGUAUCGAAAUAUUUGAUUAUUAUUUUUUUAUGUUAUUUAAAAGGAGAUGAUUACUUAGAGUAAAUGUUUUUUAUUAUUAUUAAUUUAAUGUUUACCUCCAUCUUUUGUAUAGGUAGAUUGGAAGUUUCUAAUGCAUUAGUAAUCAAUUUGGAUAAAGUGGAGACUCAAUUGAAUGCAAUAUUGUGUACUACAAGUAAUUAAGUAAUAGCUAAUUGCACGCUUGCGCUAUUUGAGAUGAGUAUUUUUGUUAGUAGUUAUAUUGUUGCCUGAUUGAUUUCAAAAGAUGACAACUUUUUGUAUGUGAUCAAUCACAUUUUUCAACAACAAUUAAACUACUGACAAAUGUUUGUAUAACAGUGUACAUAUUGACGUUUUACGAUAUGUAUGUACAUAAUGAAGAGUAUUUUAUACAUUAUUUGAUUGGAUGUUGAUUUUCAGUAAAGUUACAUAAGUAGGGUCGUUCUAGAAGUUGCUGCAGAAGUUAACUACAAAAAUGUUAAUUUGUUUCGACCAAUCACAAGCGCGGUCGAUCACAACAUCGAGCUUCGUGAUUGGUGGAGACGUAAUAAUGCUUUGUAAUUGGUCGACAGGUAUCGUUCAGUAGCAAAUAGAUAGGGUCCGUAUUGAAACCGUUAUUGCCCGCAGCGUUGUAAAAUGCUUUCAGCUUUGGAUGUGAUUCAGAAUAAGUUAGUACUAGUUUGGGGACCAUCUGAUUUGCAAAGAUGUGGCUUUGGUACAGGUCAGGAAAUGAGAGGUCUAAUAAUAUUUAAAAAUGAUUCUUAGUUUUUAUCAAAAUAUAUUUGAUUUAAGGGCAAAUAUUUAAUCUAAUGUAAUCGUAAUGGUUUCCAUAUGUGUGAAUACUCAUUUGUAACUUAUUUAAAGAAAAUCUAUACUUUCAUGAUUUUGGUGCUUAACAAAGAAAGGCCUCUCAUUUUAUGUCCACUGACUUUAUUUUCAAUAGACAUUAUGUUCAUGUUUUUGAAAAACAGUUUAAAUUUUCGAUAUUGAUUUAAUUUAAAUCUGUGACUAUGUUUCUGUUAAAUGUCUAAAUAUUUUAGUCUGUUUAAGACAUCACUAUAAUUAGUUAAUUACGUAAUGGAGCAAAAGCGAAUUAAUCCGGAAUAAACCAGAUUUUACAAGUAAAAAUUGAAAUGCUCCGGACCUAUUAAAAUGUUUAGCGCAUUCAAUAAUCUCACCUAUUCUUUGUGAUAUUGUUACAACUGUGAAAGCUAACUAUUUUCGAUUUGUUUUAUAUACACCUUAUUUUCGCUUGCUAAAUACUCUAUGACUUAAUUUACAAAAUAACACGAGGUUAAUAUUGUCCGUGUUAUACCAAAUUAGGGAAAGCGACCUUACAAUUUCAAGUAUUAAUAAAAAUAUCAACUCACUGAAACGAAUAUUUUAUAAUUAUUAUUUGUAACUAGAAAAAUGUUUUAUAAAGUAAAAUAACUUUCUUGGGACUGCGUUGGAACUUAGUUGUACCUUAUCGAAAUAUGAUAAGUAUAGAAGUUUUUGACCACGCUUAACAAAGCAGCGAUCUUAUUCUUGACAGAAAUAAAGCUAGUUUUAGAAGUGUCAAACUAAAUUAAAAAAAUGUCUGCAGGAAUCAACACCAUUAUCUGUGUAAUAUUACAUACAUUGGGCGGAAGGCAAGAGGGAAACCACUGCCCUAUUUUUCCCUAAAAAGUAGCAUGGAUAAUGCUACACCGACAAGAGCGUGGCUCUUAAAUUAGUGGUGAUUACACAAACUUAUGCCUAUUUCCCAACGGGGUAAGCACAGACUAUGAAAUUCCAUUUGCUUCGAUCCUGACACACUUUUGUAAUGUUAGUAUGAAAAAUCCAUUUAUGAACACGCUGCGCAGACGUUAGAACGCGUCGAAAUUUUAUGACAGUGCAAUUCGCUUUUAACGCGUUAUUGUAUUGUAUAAGUAAAUAACGCACCGUUCUGGUGUUAAAUACGUUUCCACUUGUUCUAGCGGGUAAAUUGUUUAGUCCGCCAUUUUAAAUGAUGUUAAGCUUGUUCUUGUUAUGUAUAGUUCUGUUAUAAUAAUCAAAUUUCUAUUAUAUUUUCCGAUGUCUCUACAACGCGUAAACCUUCUAUACUUAUCAUAUUUAGAUAGUUUUUCCGAGUUUCCAAAAUCGUUUCAGUGGUUAAGGCUGAUUUUCUGUACUCAAUAAUUUUAAUGUCAUCAAGGAUUCAAAUCUUUGAAUGCAACCAUUUAUUUGAUUAGAAAAUUAACGAAUAAAGUGCAAUUAAAAUUGUAGCUAUAUGCACUUGGGAUGUAAAGAAUGAUUUGAUUUAUAAUUUAUAUUUGUUCAACCCGCGGUAAUCGCUGGAUUACCUCUGGAUUUGGGUAUGAGGACAGUCUGCUGUAUAAUAUUGUAGAAAGUUAUUCAAUAUAAAUUCACACUCAUA